CGCCGCCGUUGCGUGUGCUUCCACGUCUCUCCCGUCUUCUUCGUUGGAUAAAACCUCCUCGUCUCCUUUUUCGCGAUCGCCUCCUGGACACCCACCCGGGUUUCGAGCUGCGCACCACGAGUUGCCGUCCCGCGAACGGCGUAGAUCUUCGUCGUGAUGAGGAAUCUCGUGGGGAAACUCGCCAACAGAAUUAUGUCGAGGUGAUGAGAGAGGACGACUAGAGAGAGGAGAGAAAGAAGCGAGAGGAGAGUCUAUACACAAUGGAUCAACGUAUGAGAAGAUCACCUGGGGAAAUGAAUCGGUAUUUAUCGUCGCACAAAUCGGACAGUUCGUCGAGGCGUAGAUGCCGAUUCGCUCCGGACAUGGUUUCUGGUACAUCGGAAUUGUCCCGCGUUGCUUCGACGUGCAUUGUCGACUGCGACGCGUCCGGAAUCAAUUUUGCCAUCAAAAAAGACAACAAAGCGACGGCGUCGGACGAAACAACGCGGAUCGACGCGUCUUGUUCUUCGACAGAGAAUAAUACCUUAUCACUUCGCAGUGCCUCUUCAGUUGUCGAUCGAUUCUCGUCGUCGUCGUCGAGCGAGGAGACUAAUCGCUCCGCAUGUAACUGUAGUAUAAUAAACCACCGAAAACAAGAAGAUUCAUCUUCGUCGAACAGCACCGCGAGAAGAUACUUCCAUCGAUCGCGGAUAUUCUCGGCGAAGGAGCGCUUUUACGAUCGAUUGUUCCGAUCGCCGAUCGCACGGAGAAUCAAUAUCGUUUUCCUGAUCUGUAUAAUGUGCGUGUCACAAUGUGCUGGUCUGAGAUGCGCACCCGGAUUGGAAACGCCAGGAUGGACGUGGCCGCCGGGUGAUGUUUUUGUAGAAUACGGCAACUCGCUGAAACUCUUUUGUUUGUUAAAUAAAACGGUCAUAGAUACCCAGUUUCCAGGACAAAACGCCUCGAAUCUCAGAUUCUAUCGGGGUGAACCAUCAGUCCCAAGUGAAUACAUCACUGUAAUCAAUGAGACAGCAAUAUCAAUGAAAAUCGGAAAACCUCCGGCAGGCGAUUAUACGUACAGUUGCGGAUUAAUCUUAAAAAAUCCGAAACGACCCCCCGAGACAGUUUGUAUCAACAAAGUUUGGGUUGGAUAUCGACCCCAAAAGCCAGAAAACUUCAGUUGUAUAUCACAGAACUGGCAGAAUAUGAUAUGCUCGUGGGAUCCGGUAUACAAUCCCAUCCCAACGAAUUUUUCGCUAACGUUUAGACUGGGUACCAAGCCAGGCACCGGUCGUUAUCCUUGUCCGCUUCUGAAGGAGAAUGAAUACCGGCCUCCGAACACGUGUAAAUGGGAUGCUUACACCGAUCCGAUUUACAGACAACCAUACGUAAAUUAUACAUUUAUAUUGAUAGCAGAUAAUGAAUUGCAAAAAAAUGUCACUUUUACAUACAAAGUUUCACACUAUGCUAAUGUUAUACCGGACAAACCUACGAAUUUAACCGUGUCUGAUAGAACAGAGAACAGCGUAACGCUCAUGUGGGAUUAUCCUUAUCCUGUGAAACUAUUUCCACCUGGUUUGCACAGUAGAAUUAUGUAUCAAAAUCAGUGGGAUAAUAAGAAAAGUUGGAAGGUUAUUAUUAUUACGCAGAAACCAAAGCUAGAAAUAAAAGAAAAAAAAAUUUAUCAUUUCGCGAACUUGGAGUAUGCCAACACAGUGUAUGACGUGCGCGUUUCUCUGAAAAGUGCGUAUAAUACAAAUGAUUUGUGGGGCGAACAUAGCUCGAUUACAUUUAGGACGCUACCAACAGUACCUAGUUCUGCACCGAAAACCGAUAUUGGCAGCUUUGAAACUUCUGGAACUGCUAGCGGUAAGAAGGACGUGAUUUUGUACUGGCAAACGAUACCGCAGCAUCAAGAGAACGGCGAUAAGUUUAAAUACGAGAUUAUACGUAUGUUGGAAAAUGGCCGAGAGAAAAUCGUAAAUCACACGGCGUGUGAAAUGACUAGGACUUACGUUGAAUACAAGGGUCUCAACGCGGACAGCAACUACGAAUUCGUAAUUGUCGCGGCAAACGAAGAGGGCAGAAGCAAGAAUCAGUCUACAAUAUUUGUGCCACGUAAACCGCCGCCACAACCAAUAGCGUUCACAAAAAUUGCUUUUGACAAAGGAUUGUACGAAUUGUCUUGGAAAACGCCCGCGAACGUGGAGGAUAUUACGAAUUACACAAUUUUUUGGUGCGAAAACGAGCGCGAUCGUCCGUAUCAGUGUGUAGGUUACUUGGAAUGGACACACGUGUCUAACACUACCACCGUUUACAACAUGACCGUACCGUAUCCGGCUAAGGUGUAUCAGUUUGCUAUUUCCUUAAACACUAAAAGAGGCAGUAGCGGAAUGGUAUGGGCAUCGUGCACGGUGAUUCACAACCAAACGGUCGGCAAGAUGAAAUCUUUGUACAUUAAUCGCGUCGGUUCCACCUUUAUCGAAGUCGGCUGGAAGUUCGAGUGCUCGGAUCGCAUUGGAAUGGUUAUAGGAUACAACAUUUACUACUGUCCUAUCUUAUCGCCGUAUAAUUUUAAUUGCAAAAGCCCGAAACUGAACAGCACCAUCAAAGGAGAUCCUGACACAAGUCGCGCUAUUAUCAAAGAUCUGAAACCUUACACCACGUAUAUGCUGUCAGUUGCGGUGUUAACCAAGAAUGGCGAAAGCGAACACAGCAAUCCGAUGUCGAACACCACGCUUGAAGCGGCGCCCAGCGUUCCGAGAAACGUGACUGUCAGCGUCGUUACUAAUACGACCAUGUUGGUCACCUGGAGUCCACCAGAAACGGAGAAUGGCGUGCUUAGGUAUUACGAGGUCUAUUACAACGAUCACUUGCCGUUCAAGGUGGAGAAGGAUGAGAAUCACGUCGAGUUAAGAAACCUAUCGGCAUACGCGUAUUACAAUAUCAGUGUUACCGCCUGUACCGUGGCGUGCAGCCCAAAGUCACCGAUUAUACAUCAACGCACGCAAAUCGGUAUUCCCAGUAAAAUUAGCACGCUUGCAGUGCGUUUCAUAAAUUCUAGUUUGGUGCUCGUCAAAUGGGACGUGCCGCAAUAUCCAGCCGGGCCGUUGGACGCUUCGUAUUACGAAGUGGAGACAAACGACGGCAUAAUUCAAAACAGUACUAAUUUAGAAAUGCAACUCCCCAUUCCUGGUUGCACAACUGUCGAUCAAGACAAGGCGUACAGAUUUCGAGUUCGAGCUGUCAAUAUCGAUUCUAACAACCAACAUUUGAGAGGACCUUGGUCGAACGGAGAGGGAAAUUGUUAUCAAAGUGACACAACAGGUCCGUCGUCACGUAUAAAAGUGUUUUUAUGGGUGAUCUGCGCCAUUAUUUCUAUAACGGUCGUCAUAUUCCUCAUAUACUUAUUUAACAGGGUGUGGUUGAAAUGUCAGGACAUGCAAGAUGUUGAGGUGAGAUUACCGCCCGGACUCGCUUCAGACGUGAAAUUGCUGCAGAAUAAAGCGAAUGAGCAGCAUAUACGACAACCGUCCGCCGACUCGAGCGGUUGUUCGAGCGGCCAAGAGUCCGUAACCUCUUCCCUCACAGCGGAAUCUCAAGUUUCCAGCGAUAGUGGCACCGAGGUGGAUCCUAUGCCUGUAUCACCGGAUAAAUUGCUAGAGACACAUCCAACCUGGGACACGUCGAGUAAUUUGCGAUUGAGGAACGUUGUGCGGGAACAGGAUUUGGGUACAGAGACCGCGCCCAACUCCUGGACUUCGUACAUUACAGUAACCAAAUCCGAGCCAGUUCUCGGUGAGACCAUGUCACUGACGCAAUCCACUCCUAAUUUAACAAAUAGCGCGGGCUACACGACGUCGCACACGUGGUCCAGCGCCGGUUAUAUCAGCAUGCCAUCCUCCGAGGAGCUGUCGAGUAAUCCGAGCCCCGUACCGCGUGAGAACAUUGUCGCCGCUAGCAUUGGUUAUAGCGUUAUUGGAUCCAUGCCUAUGCGAGCUAAGUCUGAGGAAGAUGACAACGUUGGUGUGACGGCGGACAUUGACGAUGACACGUUGAUCAAACCAGAUGUUAAGCACAAGAACAAUUCAUACGUAUCUUUGGCCUCGCUUGAACAGAAACAAAAACAGAAACCUGUCGGCAAUACCUUCAGAAAGUUAAAGCUAGACUCACUCGCGUUAAAUGCUCCUGAUAAAUCAUCCAAAUCGUAUGUACAAGCGGGUCUCAUAGAUAUGUCACUGCCGAAGCUCGAUUUACGCUCGAUUAAACCGCCCGUAAGUAGUAACACCGCAUUGUGCAAUACUUUCGGCACGUUCACGGAUUCUUACAGCAAACCGUUGUUCACAACUCCGUUUGCGACCCCAACAUCGUUGCCAUAUCCGUUAACCGACACAACGUGGACUUCGACGAAACCGCACGUCGCUAUGACGACAAUUCCCGAAGUGACGAGGUCGCCCGCUUGCAGCAUACAGGAAUCUUCACCGCAGAAGACGUUCCUCGACUCGCACGUGCCGACGUCGUCGAGCGAUGCGUCAUCGAAACUAGACGUGAAUUUCAUGCAGGAAAUUCUGCAACAGAAACAGCAACAAGAAAAGACAGAGAUAUCUUUGAGCGACGCAGAGGAGAUCAUCGACGAGGACGACGCUAUGUAUCCCGCACGCUGGCAGAAACCAGCCGCGCCGGAGAAGAAAGAACUGAACGCGAAGCUAACACCAAACAGGACGCCGAUCAUCACGAAACACAAAUCCGGCUACGUCACCAUCGCUGAAAAUCCUAAUCUGAUACCCACGAUGUCCAAUCAGUCAGACGAGCAGUACAGCAAGGUGACAGUUGUGCCAAGUACGAUUCAGUGAGAUGCAAAGGGUCUCUUGCAACCUUUGAUUUCUUCGUGCGUGAGUGAACUAUAUUGCCAACAUUCGCAUAGAAAAACAAAAAACGGUACAAAAACGAUAAACAAAAACAGAUCGAUGGUGCUAGCCGAAGACCACGAUGUUGUAAAUAGGCCUGAACAUAGACAGAGGGUCGCGAUGGGUCGCGCACAAACUGGACUGAUCUGAGUGGUACCUAACUUUUAGCAAAUCCAAGAAGUCUCGGUUCUCGAGAGAGAUCGGCAUGAAGCCUUUUUUUUUUUUUUUUUAACGAUCGAUAGAAAUUUGCUAAGUUCUCUCGAAUUUCUGUCCUAAGUAACGUCUUGCUACAUGUUCGAUAGACACAGAGAAAGAUCGGUUUGAUUGUCCGGCUUGAGUCCGCGUUUAUUAUAGCACACGUCCAAGUACUAUCGACGCAUAGUACGUAACGAUACGUCCAGGCGACACAAACAUGUAAUAUCUCGAGAAGAUAUAUAUAUUAUAUAUUUAUUUAAUAUAUAUAUAUAUUAUACAUAUAAACUGUAUUAACUUUUUUAUCAUACUCGUGUAAUACGUGGUUUUGUCGCGCCAUAUAUGAAAAAUAGGACGUAGAUAAAUGAGUUUUAACACAUACCAAUACAUAUAUAUAUAUAUAUAUAUGUGUGUAUAUAUAUAUAUAUAUAUACAUAUAUAUAAAUAUAUAUACAUAUAUGAGAUAACCGUAUAUACUCAGAUCGACAGACAGCCUAUCGUUGUCGACAUAAUCAAAGUAAUCAGUUAACUAGAUAGCACACAGUAUUUAAAAAAAAAGGCAGUACGAUCACGUUCUUGCGGAUAAUUUUGCGAGAAGAUUUUUUUGCCAUUUUUUUUUUUUUUUUGUAGAGAAGAGAGGUAAUGUAAAUAAAUUUUAAGAAUUUAUAUUUUCACGCGCGCGAGAGAAUGAGAGCGAGUGAGAGAAUGUGUUUCCUUUAUUAAAAAAAAGCAAAAAAAAAAAAAAAACAAAAAAAAACCAUCCUCGCUUCGUUUUUAGGUUAAUAUCUCUUAAUAGCUCGUGUAGUUUAUGAAAAUGUUGGGAUAUAUCAUUUGAUAAACUAUUUUGUAUUGCGUUCGAAAAUUCGGGAAAAAAGUGUAAAAAUUCAUAAGAGUUUCCAAAUUAAAAAAAAAAAAAUCUUCAAUUUACUCCCUCAAAGAGUGAUAAGUGACCUACCGACGGUGCUUGACAACAUAUUGAUGCAACUUUAAGAGAGCACAGUUUUUUUACAAAUUUGCAAACAAAUGAUUGAGAGUUAAACGUCAUUUCCGAUGUAAACUGUUGAUGAUGAGGAUUGAUUCUCAGAUAUUGUAAAGCAAACUGACAAGUGCAUACAAAUAUUCUUCCGAAACAGUUUCCGAUCGCUGUGUUAGAAAUUUCAUACUCCCACACGAAUAUAAAUUUUUUAUUCGCUUAUAAAUAAAAUCAAACGUUGUUUAAAAACUGUGUGUUACACACACUCAACCUCGUUACAACGAAAGUCGUUAGAACGACCAGUUGAAUGAAGAGUUUCCAAUUUUCUAUGCAAGUUGAUCAUGUUUUUUUUUUUAUGCAGACGCGCGCGCACGAACAAUCGAAGUUCUUUUCUGACAUACAGUUGCCGAAUCAAUCCGUGUAUUUUUCUUGCGCGUAGCAAUUAUUAUUGUUGUUACCUCCGCGGUGUAUACUUUAUUGUAUCUCGCGGAAGAUGUUUUUUUUUUUUAUAAAAUAAUAUCGGAAUAAGAAACAAAGUUGAGCGGAAUUGGUUGUACAGGUGGUCUGCAAGUAUCUCGAGAUUAAUUGCAUGUGAGAUAAGAUGACGUGUGUAACUCGCAGGCAGGGAAAGUGUGUUUUACCGUUAAAAAUUCCACUCGAGUUGUUGAAUAAUAAAAUUUUUUUAAAUUGUAACCAAAAUUAUCAAAAACAGGGCCUGAUUUACUCUGAUUUGAAAAAAAGUGAAAGUUUUUCAGAUUUCUUUAUACAACCCAGGCAAAUUAAAACACAGGACAGCCAUAAAUUAUAACAAACAUAUUAUAAGUUAUACAGAUUGUUACUUCGCGGGGGUGUGGCAAUAAGAAUACGUACUAAAAAAAAAAAAAAAACACGUCUUCCGUGUUAACUUUCGAUCAAUUGGCAAUUGUGGUAUUGCAGAACGUGUUGUCGCGCUACUGGACAUGUAAGAAUAUAUGUAUGCAUAAUAUGUAUCUUAAACUAGUCAUUGACUCUACUUUCUUCCGCAAAAUAGGCCUUUCUUUUGUAUAUUCUUAAAUAGUUUUUAAUUAAUUGCGCACAGCGUACUCGAGAUUUUGUACACUCGUCAGAGAGAUGACACACGCAUGAAAAACAGAUUUUUCUCCAAGAGCAAGAGAGGAGAACAGUUUGCUGAUCAAUUUGCAUUUGCAGAUCUUAUACUAUUUAAAAAACAAACAGCAAACAUUUUUUUAAAUUGAAUUAAAAAAAAAAAAAAAACUUCACAUCAUUUAUUGAUCACGCGACAGUAUCUUACUUUGUUUGUAAUUAGGGUAGACGAAAAUUCAUAAUGUAAUAAUAAAGAAAGGCCUAAGGGUGUGCUUGAGCACACACAGUUAUUUUUUUGCAAGUUCAAACAAUUUCCGCUGUGCGAAAAGGAACUUCUUCGCCACCUUGGCUGCGAGACGGGACGAGAAACGGGAAACGACGUUGUUUGCACUUGCGAAAUAACACUUAGAGAGUUUUGCGAUCGAGCAUUUGCGUCGUGAAGCUUUUCAAUUGAGAAAAAAAAAAAAAAAAAAAGAAACGAGCUUAGUAGUCGUACGUACAUUAACGCGUACUUUUGUUACUAAGAGAUGUAUCGCUUAAAAUAUUGCAAUAUGUUGCGUUUGAAGUGCUGCUUAGUCUCCACAACGAUUAAGUUUGUGAAAGUCGAAUUGUGAAAUCCCAAGUCAAUAGAGCGACGUUUCUACAGAGAUCCGUUUAUUUUACCUGCACUUUUUUACAAAUUUUCGCGCGUGAAAAGAACAAUUUAUAAAUUGAUCGCAAAGCGUCAGACGGAAUCUAACGAUUAGAGCUAGUGUGAUUUUUAACUAACUUUUCGUACAAUUCAACACAAAAGAAACUUAAUCGCGCGCGCGCACACACAUAAGGUUUCGAUUCGCGUGACGAGUGUUUUAGUCGCAGGUAAAUCCAAUUUUAAUCGACUUCUGUCAAAACAACCUGUAAAAAGUGCGAUUAAAAUGAACAGAUCUAUUUUUCACACGCGAGAUUCAUGUAAUAUAUAUAUAUAUAUAUAACAUAUAACGUACAUUUGCGUGUGAAUUUUUUGUCACUUUGAAUUGUCAGACGAUUCCUAUGAAGUUUUUAGCAACAGAUUUAUACGGCGUAAUAUCGCGAAAUCUUAAAGAAAUAUAUGUAUAUCUAAAGCGAAUAUAUAUUUAAAGCUAAUUAUAUUAAAAGCGUCUGCUCGUGUCACAAUACGGGGACGGAAGCUUUCAAUCAAUUCACUGGAAGAGCAACUAAGCACACACACACACGCGUACUUUGUUAAGUUUUACAUAUCUACACGUUGUAUAUACAUAUAUAAUAUAUAUAUAUACACACACACCCACAUAGAUAUAUAUAUAUAUAUGUGUAUCUAUAUCUAUUAUUGUCUAUUUUUGUUACGUAUUUAUAAACGAAUGAGAAAAAAAAGAAGAAGAAAAAAAACGUACUUUAUUAUACAUCGAACGCAAUGUAACGGAGCGAGAUUUUAGCGAAACCCUACGAAACUAAUAAGUAAUUAUACGUCUAAGGACCUACUGAGACAAUUUAUAUACACGUGAUGAUUUAGAUCUAUUGUGUAUGUCGUUGAAACUUUGUAAUCUUUGUUAAUUUACUUUGAAACAAUCGAAGAGUAUCGAAUGUUCGUUUUUUUUUUUUUUUCUACAUAAACAAGUAAUCUUUUGUACAAUAAUUUAGUUAAACGAUGACGUGAACUGCUGUUUAAAAAAAACAAAAAAAAAAACCAAUGGUUACUGAUUUCACUGCUGGUUUGAUAGAUAAUGAAAUUACGGGGGAAGAAAGUUACAAAAAUACGGAGCUGCUGCGGUGAAUGUCUUUUUUUUUUCUUUUUUUUAAUUUGAAUACCACGUAUAUUGAAAAA